AUGCCUCCACUGUCCCGCCUGCCACCUCCAUCCAAGUCCGCUACGAGCUCGGCGGUUCAAAUGUUCGGAAGAAAUCCGCCCAGCUCCGCCGUCAUGUCCGGCGUCGUCGGAGAAUCCAUCGUUUCCGGCGUCUCAGUCUCGAUCGAUUCGGAGAAGACUCGGAGAAGACCUGGCCGGAGUCAUGACUUUUUUUUCCCGGCCGUCCAUCUCCUUCGGCAACCCGCCGGCGUCGAUUCGCACAUAACACGCAGCCGUCGCCGGACCGCCGUCGCCGUCGCGCGCGUCGCUGCAGUUCGCGGCUUCAUAGCGUCGUCACCGUCAGCAGACACGACUCCUCAUCUUCCUCCGCAGCCGCCUUGCAAAGCCUUCGUCCGCCGGGUCUCCGCCUCGUCUCUGUCAGUCUGGAUUGUUGAUUUGAUGGUGGCGAUUGGGCUGGGUGGCGCGGUGGCUAGGAUGGGGAGUCGCGGCGGCUGA